AUGCAGCGUACAAUUUUACCUGAACGUCAACCAAAAGAAAGCCAAUUAGUAUUACAACCUGAAAAUCAACCCUUACAACCUACUUCAGAUCAGUUCUCUACUGUUCUAAGCCUUAUUCAAGAGGUUGUUGGGACAAACCGACGUCUUACGCGUGCUCUCCUCCAACAAUGUGAACGCGUUCGUCGAUAUCGUGAGGCUUGGGGCUACUCACCACACCCUUCAGACAUAUCCUCAAUCGGCGAGUCUCCUCCUCCUCCACCUUAUUCACCUCCCCGACAAAGCCCAGAAGUGAUAGCGAUACCAUCUUCUCCAAGUACUUUAUUCCUUACUACAAGCGAAAGGUCGAAAUCACCUACCCCCGAAACUAUUCCAAACCCACCGAUCCCUAGCGAACCAGAAGCAACAAUUAAAACCCUCCUCGACCGAGUUAAUAAAUUUGCAAAAGAGCAUGGAUUUGGGAUUGCAAAGUAUAAUAGAUGCUAUCGUAAAGGAUGUAUAAUUCGCUAUAUACUUCGUUGCGAUCGAUUUGGGCUACCAAAGCGAGGUAGAGGUGCUGGCAUCCGAGCCCGCGCAUCUCGGAAGUGUGAUUGCCAAUGGCAAAUUAUUGCUGAAGCAAUAGAGGAGGGGAACUUAGCAUCAUCUGCACACCCAGCCUAUAGGAGGUUGACUAAGCCUAUUAAGGAUGCAGUUGAGACUACUAGUCGGCGGGUUGGUAUUCGGGCACGCGACGUAGGUGCUAUUAUUCAGGAGCAGUUUCCUGAAUCUGUUUUCACCCAGCGGGAUAUCUAUAACGCUAGAGCCCGAAUCAAUCGCGAAAAGCUUAAUAUAUAUACACCAACUACAGCUCUAAUCAAGCUUUUUGAUGAGCGGGAGAUCCCUUAUAUUGUGAAGUGGGCGGAUGAUGAGCCGAAUCGGCUUGUUAGGCUUGUCUAG